CAUACAGAGAGAGGGAGCUGCUCUUCAUCAUGUCUGUGUCCCUACGUGCUCACAUCCUCCUCUUCCUCUUCUCCCUCACAUCACGGACAGGACUCAGCCGCUACAUUGAGGACAUCGAGACUUCAGAUGGAUUAUUUUCUCUGCUCACUGUGGACCAGAAGAGAGAAACAGAGGAUUUUAUUUUCCGCAGACCUCUCAGAUGUUUGGACAUGCUGGCCACUGAGGGUCAGUUCACCUUUGUGGCUUCUCGACCAGAGCUGGCCUGUGCCGUUUUCAUCAUCGGUGAACCCAGUGAGGUCAUCAGCCUGGAGCUCUCUAGUGUCAGCAUUGACUGCAGCGCUGGAGACUUCAUCAAGAUGUUUGAUGGCUGGGUUCUAAAGGGGGAGAAGUUCCCCAGCAGGCAGGACCACCCGCUCCCUCUGCACCAGCGCUACACAGACUACUGCUCUUCCACAGCAGCGGGAGCCAGCAGCCGCUCCUCGCAGAACGUCGCCAUGGUCUUCUUCCGCAUCCAAAAUCCUGAGGCCGGUUUCACCCUCACGGUCAAAAAGUUACACAACCCUUUCCCUUGUAACAUCAUGUCUCAGAGUCCAGAGGGCAGCUUCACCAUGGUGAUGCCGCACCAGCGCAGGAACUGCAGCUUCUCCAUCAUCUACCCAGUUGAGAUCCGCCUGACGGAGCUGAGCCUCGGCCAGGCUAAAAGCAAUGAGCUCAGCCCACAGAGACAGGUUUGGUCGGGCUGUUCAGGGUCAGGUGACUACGUGGAGCUGCUGGGGGGGAACGGCGUUGACACCUCGAAGAUGUUCCCUGUAGCUGACCUUUGUUUCUCCCUCACUGGGCUUGCUCAGAUGAAGAUCGGUUGUGACAACUCGGUGGUGAGGCUGGUGUCCAGUGGGAACUAUAUCAACCACGUUUCCUUCCAGUAUCGAUUACUGGAACACCACGAGCUCCCCAAGACCCCCGAGAACAGUCUGAACAACUUCUGCACUGUGGAAUGAAAUCACACACACUUACUGUAACACACACACACAAUCACAAUAUCCAUAUUCCUGUAAAUACACCAGUUUGACAAAAAACAUUCAUUAAAUAUUUUGUAUUGUUUAUGCCAGAUGUUUUAUUUAGUGUAUGAUGAUGUUAGCUUUGAGCAGAGCGUAUUUAUGUGAGGACCUACUCAACCUUAUCUUAAGUUUAUCGAUAAGGAUGGAUUUAAUCGUUUACUUUUCAGUAUUUUGUUAAGAAAAUCAGUGAUACAUCAUGUUUUCUUGGCAGGAGCAUUAAUUUCAAACCUUCUCUCUACUGAUCUUGGUUUAUAUCAAGAUGU